AUGGGGUUCGAGGAUAAGACGACGUACAACGACAAGUAUGUCGUUCUGUACGACUUCGGCGAGACGGAUCAUGAUACGGCUAUCAAAGAGUUCAAGACCCUAGUGGCAGACCUGGAAGAAACUGGUUUCGACGUUGAAGUCAGAGCGGGCUAUGAGCAAUCCCUCCUUGUAUUCGCCAAAGCACCCCGCGAACUCCUCGGCAACGCUGUCUACAACAGGGUUAAGGACUGGCUAUACGGCAUCACGCCGAAUCACCCUGGCGGUGAUAAGAACACAGUCGUUGAUGGAGCUUAUGAGGCAGAGGAUAUUCUUUCGGUUCAUCAUAUCGUCAACUGGUCCAAGGAUCUUGGUGGUGCGGGCAUCACCCCCGGGACAGGGAAGUGGGAGAACGUCAAGGCGAUAUUUCCUAUUCAUAAUUCCAAGGUCAAUCAGUCGUUGCUCAAGUAUCUGAGCAGAAAGUUUUUCUUGUCGAACGAGGAUAUUGAUCAGAUUCGCAACCUUCACGGCUCAAAAGUCGCUUUUUACUUUGCUUUCAUCCAAGCCUAUCUUCUCUUCCUCACCUUCCCCGCCAUAACAGGCGUCAUCGCAUGGCUCUGGCUUCCACGCUACUCCCUCGCCUACGGCAUCCUCACCAGCGUGUGGUGCACCGUGUUCCUCGAGUACUGGAAGAUUCAAGAACUCGAUCUUAGUCUCCGCUGGAACGUCAAGGGCAUUCAACACGUCAAGGUCAACAGACCGCAGUUCAAGUAUGACUAUGAGUAUGUUGAUGAAGGCGGGCGGAAACACUACUACUUUCCUAGAUGGAAGAAGGUCGUGAGGCAGUUGUUGCAGAUUCCGUUCUUGAUAGUGGCGUUUUUGGCGCUGGGGAUUACUAUCAUUGCGGUGUUUACUAUUGAGAUUUUGAUCUCGGAGACGUAUGCUGGGCCGUAUAAGGAUUACUUGGAAUAUCUUCCAACUAUUCUCCUGGCUGUAUCUCUCCCUUACAUCACCUCAGCCCUUGAAGACGCAGCAGAAUGGAUGACCGAGUUCGAAAACCAUCGCACCGCCGAUCUGCAUGAAAUGUCACUCACCCAAAAAGUCUUUGUCCUCAAUAUGUUCACCAACUACCUCCCCAUUUUCCUCACAGCCUUUAUCUACAUCCCCUUCGGCGGGACAGUCGUCCCCAAACUUGAAAAUUUUCUAUCAGCUGCAUUUGCCAGCGUCGGCAAGAAAUUCGUUCAUCAGCCGUUCCAUCUUGACGCUGAUAGGUUGAGAAACGAAGUCAUAGCUUUAACGGUCACAGGCCAACUAUCAGGUUUCUUCGAAGAGAACAUCGUCCCGAUGUUGAAGCAUAAAUUCUCUGAUUGGUAUCGAGAUUAUCGCAGGGCGCGAUCAAAGGGCGAUAUGCUUCUUGCGGUGGUGAAAGAUGAUCCUGAAGAAACAGCUUUCCUAUCACGGGUUCGAAACGAGGCGAUUCUUCCAAAGUACAACGUCCAGGAUGACAUUGCAGAAAUCGUUCUUCAGUUCGGAUAUCUCGCGCUAUUCUCGCCAGUCUGGCCGAUUAUCCCAAUGGGCUUUCUCAUCAACAAUUGGAUUGAGCUACGAUCUGAUUUCGCAAAGAUCUCACUGGAGCAUCAGCGCCCCGCACCGGUUCGCUCAGGUGGAAUCGGCCCUUGGAUCUACUCCCUCGAGGCGUUAACCUGGCUCGGAAGUAUCUGCACCGCAGCAAUUGUGCAUCUUUUCAGCGUCGACAAAGUCGGCAAUACAAUGGGGAGCUGGGCUACUCUCCCCGUUACCGUUUUCAUCAGCGAACACGUUCUUCUUCUUCUCCGAUCUCUUGUCCGCUUCGUUCUUCAACAAAUCGGCUCUGAGCGCAUUCGAGAAGAUUAUAAUCAGCGCUAUGCGAACCGCGUUAAAUAUCUUCAAGAGCUGGAGACGAAGAAACAGCAGUCUGGACUAGCUGUACGUGAAGCGCACCGCGAGCGACGCAAGUCGGUUUUGGUGAUGGAGAGAGAUCCAUUUUGGACGAAGCAGGUCCAUGACGGUGCUAGUGAAUUAGCAGGUGUCACGCUCAUCCAACAGGUGAAGAAGAAUGAAGAGCCAGGGGAUCAAGAGAAGAAGGAUUAA